AUGUCGACCAGCCAUACAGACGCCCAAGAGGAUAAGGAGGCGAUGGGAUGUUCCUGGUUCCCAGCGACUAGUCGUCCUCAUCCAUCUCAAGCGGUGGCUGUCGGCACCACCACCACCAACCUCCGCCACCGGCGACUGUCUUUACUGACGCGAGCGUCGGAGACGGAAGACGUGGGGAGUCCGGCUGCGCAGGCUCCACGGGCGGCAGAGGCGGCCCAUGUUCGGCCUCCUCCUGGACCUCAUAAUCCUGUGGCGAGGGUGGCUGCAGGACCAUCCAUGGCCCCCAACCAUGCACCGGGCACAGACGUGGUGGUGGAGGAGCCGCGAGAUCCGGCUCAAUGUCGACGUCCAUUGCAUCGUCCGCGGGCUCCAUUACCUCGUCCGCGUACAGGUUUGGAGCGGCUGGUCCGGCAAGAAUCCAGGCCGGGAGCGGUGCCGCCGCCGGCAUGGCCGGUUCAGGCGAAGCACCAGAAGGCCCGACACCAAAGUGAGCACCAAGGCCUUGGGCGCCCUGUCCAAGCCUUGGUCCAUGGCGACGCCGUCCAUAGAGACGGAAACCAGCCCGGCGGCCUCGGAACCGACGAAGAUCACGGGUGUUGCGGUUGUGGCGGCGUAGCCCGCCCACACCAUGGCGGCGACGACGGCUCUGACGACGUCGACCGCCGUCAUGAACAAGGCGCAGGAACAAGGACAGAAGACCACGAGGCAUCUCUCACCUUUCCCUUUCUUCCUGUCUCAAUCCUUUCCCGGCGAUUGUCGCCGGCGUAA